CGCAUGCGCGGCGGCUGCGCCUCCCGCGUUCCCUGCGCGCUUCCGGCCCAUGCCUGCCGCAGCCAUGUCGGAGCGGCUGGGCAAACCCAGCUGCCUCAUCGUCGCCAGCGCGGCUACUGCCGGUGUAUCAGCCCAGUCCUUCCUUCACUGCUUUACACUGACCAGCUCUGCUUUCAACCUGCAGGUUGCAACUCCUGGGGGGAAGCCCAUCGAUUUUGUGGAGGUGAACGAGGGCAACCUGCGCUGGAUCCAGGACUUCCGCAUGAAAUCCUACGCCAGCCCUGCCAAGCUGGAGUCCAUCGACGGUGCCAGAUACCACGCUCUGCUGAUCCCAAACUGCCCUGGGGCUGUGACUGAUCUUGCAAACAGUGGGUACCUGGCAAAGAUCCUGCAGCAUUUCAGCACUGAGAACAAGCCCAUCUGUGCAGUUGGACAUGGAGUAGCAGCUUUGUGUUGUGCCACCAAUGAGGAUAAAUCCUGGGUGUUUGAAGGAUACAGCCUGACAGGGCCCUCAGUGUAUGAACUUGUGAGGCAGCCUAAUUUUGCCAGUUUGUCCAUUAUUGUGGAAGACUUUGUGAAGGACUCUGGAGCUACAUUCAGUGCCAGCAGUCCAGAUGCUGUGCAUGUUGUGCUGGACAGGCACCUGGUGACAGGACAGAAUGAGAAUUCAACUCUUCCUGCUGUCCAGAAUCUUCUCCUCCUUUGCAACAUCAGGUGAAUGUGUUACAAGCCCUUUCCUGGCUGUGGACUAACAGGUGCUGUCAUGUUUGGAUGUGUUUGGUUCAGCAGGAAAUGAAGGAGCAGGUCUCCUUGCAAAUGGGGUGGAUGAAGAGCCAGCAGGCUGAGGAUCUCCUUGGCUGCAACUGAAUCAAUCAUCCCUCUAAAGCUCUGUCCUGGACUGGGAAGAGACUGGCAGUGAAGUGGCAGUGGCAGGUUUUGUGUGUGUAGAGUGGAGAAGGUUGUAAGAGAGAAACAUUUGAAGAGUGUCACAUUUGAGAAGUGGUGCUGGGACCACUCUGCAGUUUUGUUGCUACAUUUUCCUCCUCUCUGGACCCUUAAUUUAUCCAUGUGGGAAUUGUCUUGUUCAAGUUGGUGCUACAGGUUCCUGAAGUCCCUGCCCUAGGCUGAUGUUCUGAUUGUUAAUAGCUGCCCUAAAGAGGAACCUGGAACUGUGAAGCAGCUGCUCUUUGGGUUUCCAUCAUCAAAACCUCCACCUCCACUGAAAUGCCUUUUGAGAUGCAUCCUCCCCUGACUUUGGUGGCCACAAGUUGCUGUCUGAGCUCUGAUAGUGUCUGGAAUGCCUUGGAUGUGCCUGGAAUAAGAUGGAAAAUGCUGAGCUCUGAAUAAAGCAGAGCUGGGUGGUGGAAAGCAACCAGCAGAAGGUGCUGUAGGCACACUGUGGCCCUGUUUUCUUCCUCACCUCUUCACCUGACUCUGCUUCUGUUUAAAGUGUUGGCUCAGCUGGUUUUAAAUGGUCUUAACUGGUUUUCUGUUCUCCUCUGUGCUGCUGGUGUUAGGAUCUUUGUUCUCGUUGAGAUGCUUGAAAUACUUCUCCCUGGCCAGUACAGAGAGCUUGUCUCUUGCUGGAAUUUUACAGAAUCCCUCAGUCCCAGCAUGGAGGAGGUUGGAAGGGAGCUCUGCAGAUCACCCAUUCCAAGCCCCCUGCCCCAGCAGGGCACCCCCAGCAGCUUGCCCAGCAGCACAGUGCCCAGGGGGGGUUGCAAGCUCUCCACACAAGGACACUCCACAACCUCUCUGGGCAGCCUGCUCCAGGCCUCCAGCACCCUCACCCCAAACAACUUUCUCCUCAGCUUCAGAGGCAACCUCCUGCCUGCCACUUUGUGCCCUCUGCCCCUUGGCCUGGCCCUGGGCACCCCUCAGCAGAGUCUGGCCCCAGCCUCUUGCCCCCCCCAGCUCCUUUAGCUCUUGCUGAGCAUUGCUCAGCUGCCCUCUGGGGCUGCUCUUCUGCAGGCUCCACAGCCCCAGGGCUCUCAGCCUUUGCUCCUCACAGAGCUGCUCCAGGCCCCUUCAGAGCCUUCCCUGGACUCUGUCCAGCAGUUCCCAGUCUCUCCUGAACUGGUCACCUCUCACCUGUACUGGUGCAGGGUCUUGUUCCUCCCCAGGGACAGGAUCCUCCUCUUGCCCUGGUUGAACUUUGGGAGCUUCCUCUCAGCUUUCCAGCCUGGCCAGGUCUGGCUGAAUGGCAGCAGAAGCUGCUGGUAUUCUCAAAUGUCCUAACCAAACUGACUCCCUGCUGUGGUGGUUUCUCCUCUCCCUGCCCUGGGUGUCCCAGGAGGAGCUUGUGGCAGCGCUUGCAAACGCUUGGUGUGUCACUGGCUUUGUUGGGGAUGGUUGUGAGAGAGCAUUCUGGCUUUUCCACCAUGUGACAGCUCCUUUUUGUCCCAAAGCCAGAAAGUGCUUCUCAAACAGAUCAAAAGCUUCAAACUCUGGUGAUGUUUUUUCCAGCCCCCACAAAGCCUGGCUGGUUUUGUGCUGUGCUCUGGAGCGCUGGGUGCUGCGCUCUGAGGGCUGCUCCCAGCAGCUCUUCGUGUUAGAAGUCAGCUCCUGGCCCCAGCCAGCUGCUGAGCUCUCUUUGGGGAGCCACACACACGAAGUGCUACCAUCUCAUGUUGCAUACUCAUGAAGGUUCAACAAGUACCAAGUGCAAGGUCCUCCACUUGGGUCAGGGCAGUUUGUGAUACCAGUGCAGGCUAGAGGUGAAAGGCUGCAGAGCAGCCCUGUGGAGAAGGCCUUGGGGGUGCUG